GGGCCAAAGCGACCAAACUUCCGGUGCGUUUCCGCGGUACGGGAUCGUGAGGCGAGGAGACAAGGACGAAGAAUCCUCCUUUUGAGUACGCACCACUGGCCGCAUGGCUUCUGUGCAGAUGGAUCCUGAGCUAGCCAAGCACCUCUUCUUUGAAGGGGCCACUGUGGUCAUCUUGAACAUGCCCAGAGGGACAGAGUUUGGCAUUGAUUACAACUCCUGGGAGGUGGGGCCCAAGUUCCGGGGCGUGAAGAUGAUCCCACCAGGCAUCCACUUCCUGCACUACAGCUCUGUAGACAAGGCCCGGCCCAGAGAAGUGGGUCCUCGGAUGGGCUUCUUUCUUAGCCUGAAGCAGCGGGGGCUGACAGUCCUGCGCUGGAAUGCCGUCCGGGAAGAGAUCGACUUGACUCCAGCUCCAGAGGCUGAAAUAGAAGCUAUGAAGGCCAAUCUCCAGGAGCUGGACCAGUUUCUGGGACCUUACCCAUAUGCCACACUCAAGAAAUGGAUAUCACUCACCAGCCUCAUCACCGAGGCCACCGUGGAGAAGCUACAACCAGAGAACCGGCAGAUCUGUGCCUUCUCAGAUGUGCUACCGGUUCUUUCCAUGAAACACACCAAGGACAGGGUGGGCCAGAACCUACCCGUCUGUGGCACUGAGUGCAAAAGCUACCAGGAGGGCUUGGCCAGGCUGCCUGAGAUGAAGCCCAGAGCUGGAACAGAGAUCCGCUUCUCCGAGCUGCCCACUCAGAUGUUCCCCGCAGGUUCCACCCCAGCAGAGAUAACCAGACACAGCAUGGACCUGAGCUAUGCCCUUGAGACUGUGCUCAGCAAGCAGUUCCCUGGCAGCCCCCAGGAUGUGCUUGGAGAACUCCAGUUUGCCUUUGUGUGCUUCCUGCUGGGCAAUGUGUACGAGGCAUUUGAGCACUGGAAGCGACUGCUGAGCCUCCUGUGCCGGUCAGAGGCGGCCAUGGGGAAGCACCACAGCCUUUACAUCAGCCUCAUCUCCAUCCUGUACCACCAGCUGGGUGAGAUCCCUGCUGACUUCUUUGUGGACAUUGUCUCCCAAGACAACUUCCUCACCAGUACUCUACAGGUCUUCUUUUCCUCCGCCUGCAGCGUUGCUGUGGAUGCCACCUUGAGGAAGAAAGCUGAAAAGUUCCAAGCCCAUCUGACCAAGAAGUUCCGGUGGGACUUUGCUUCAGAGCCGGAUGACUGUGCCCCAGUGGUAGUGGAGCUUCCAGAGGGCAUCGAGACUGGCUGAGAACGCUUAAUCCAUGAGAGGCCCCUUCCCACGCAGCUCUGACCCUGCCUCUCCGUUCAUCCCAUCCUAUCCCGGGGCCCUCCAGAGCAGACAUCCUGCCAGGUUCUGCAAAGCUGGAGUCAGAAUUCUCUCUUUGCCAGUAAACAUGUUCCUUCUUUUCAAAGGGGCCUGACCCUGGUGCUAACCUGGCUGAAUUUCAGACAAAGGCUCUUGCAAAAGCUGCAGGAAAAUCAGCCUGAGCAGCAGACAAAGAACCUUAAAUCCCAGAGAACUGGUUGCUUCCAUGGGAUGAUUUUAAAAAGUAAGGAACCUUGGACUGUUCCAGGGUAUGAGGUGUUAGUUGUUAAAUGUAAGGUCAUAGGGGACAGAAAACAAGCCAGCGAGCCUUCCGGAGCCCACACUAGGAAAGGGUAGUGAGGAAGACAGCAGAUCAAAUCUGACAAGUCAGUAUUAGCUUCCUCCCCAGAAUCCCAGCUCUUCUCUGGGGUCCCCAGUGGCUACUCUCCCGAUUAGGCCCUGGCCCCAGGGACCCUGCCGGUGCUGUCACCUCCCAUCCGGUCUGAGGCUUCACACCCUGAAGUGGAACUUGGCAGCCCUGCCACAUGUCCCCAUUUCUUAACAAAUCCACCAUGACUUUCUGGUGACCUGAAGAUUCAGCAACAAAGGAAAAGUGUUUGUCCCAUGCUUACUUCUUAGGCCCUAUUGAAGUUUGGAGGCUAUUCUUCAGAACCAUGAAGAUGACCUGGUCAGCCUAAUCUUCCCAGGCUUGCUGUAGUGCUGUCAACAAUGCUGUGACAUUUCUGGCAUCCUGGAAGUUCUGAGGGCACACCAUUGUGCUAUGUGAGCAGAGUUCUGUCUCAAGAUGAUUGAACAGGCCCUCCACCUUGACUUCAGGCUGUGUGCUGUGCUGUGCUCUUGAAUCCCAGUGCCAUCCUCUUCUCAAGGCUGGAGCUCCCAGCAGGUCUCUGAAUGAGAGUCCCUGCUGGUUAAGACUUUCCAUUCCUCUUGUUUCCUUGGAGAUGUUUUUCCAGGAGCAUAAUGUACAUUAAAGUCUUUGAGUUGAGAUUAA